AUGGAUUACGAGCCCAUCGAUCUCGACUACAGACGAAUUCCGAAAGUUCCUCCAGUGGAGCCACAUCUUGCCGAACUAGAAUCUCACCAAAUGGCAGCGCACAAGACGGAAGUGAUAAUGGAAUUUGUGACUAGAUCUCCUGGGGAAGACAAAAUCUUGAAGAUGAAGCUUCCUAUCGAAUUCAACAACGAGCAUCAUACUCUAAGGAAGGUCUUCUUUAAUUCAAGUUUUAUUAAAAACUCUUACAAUAUUUUGAAAAUCCGAGAAAGCUGGGAAUUCGCUCCCGAGCCUUCGGAAUUCGAAGAUCUUGAUCCACAAUUAUUGGAAAGCGACUACUACCAGGGAAACCAAAUGAUCGGUGGAGUUGUCGUUGAUACAUUUUUGAUCGCGUUCGCUUCUGCUCCUGACGGAAAAUACACGCUUACAGUGAGUCAAGUUCAAAAAUAA